GCAUGUCGUGUAGUUUUAGGCAUUUCCUUUGUGUUAGGUGCUUCUUUGAUUAUAUUUUCUAGCUCAAUAGGUGUAAUUUCUGUUGUUGCUGUGUUAUACCAUGUUGAGUCUAUUUUUUGGAUAG